CGAAGCCCUCGACUCUCCACGAAAGUUCACUGACAAGACCAGGAUAAUUUCCUGUGCCGGCAUGGACGACCAUUCUACAGAUGCUCCUCUCGGAUUUCUCAGCGGAAGCAAACUCACACACUGACGAGAGUUCCUCACGGGCGGAUCCGAGUCACGCUGUGCCGCGAUCAUGAGCUGUCAAGGCAAAUGGUUCCGUCUAUCGGUUAUCCCGAGUCGAUAAAUCAUCUCCCGUUCGGAGCUCCAGGCGGGGGAAAACUCAGCUGUCAAUCAAAUUGCAAGUUCCCCCGGAUUCUGAGUGACUCGAAAAAAAGGAAUUCGGAGACAUCGCAGGAUGUCGUCCCGCAAGCUCAACGAUCCUGCUGCUCCAAUGUAUAGAAGGAACUACAGAACACACCUCGCACUUGAGCCCUCAGAAGAAACUUGUUCAAUCAAUGAAGAAGUGCAAUGCGUCGGCUCUGAUUCUGGCAGCAACGCUAUCACAGGAGAUGAUCAAGUCCCUCUGCUCACGGUCACACCUGAGACUUCGUCAACGUUGACUGAGAUCCCAAUCGAUCACUACCACUUUGUGAAAUACGCUUUUCUGCUACUCGGGGUAGUGACUCUGUUACCAUGGAACUUUUCCAUCAAUGCAUCCAAGUAUUGGAUGUUCAAACUUCGGGAUGCUCAGUCUUACGGAUCGCACCAGCAUUCGGAGCACAAAACUAAGCUCCAAGCGGAAUUCUUCUCCAUGACAUCGAUCGUGUCAAGCGUGCCGUGUCUAAUUGUACUGUACUUUAGCGCAAUCAUGAAUAAGAGUGUUCCUCAGGGAGUGCGAAACAUAGGCGCCUUGGCGGUAGUCACGAUUCUGUUUGCCACGGUCACCAUUUUCGUCCUGAUCGACACCGACGGCUGGCAGCAUGGAUUCUACAGGCUGACGCUCGAGCAGAUGUUCCUCAUCUCUUGUUUCGGAGCUUGGUACCAGAGUGGUGUGAUGGGUCUGGCGGCGAUCUUCCCCCACGAAUACACCCAUCUGUGUAUAAUCGGUCAGAGCUUCGGAGGAGUUUUAGCCUCGGUCGUAGAGAUAAUCGUGUUGUUAUCAGGAGCGUCAACUGCUGCUUCAGCUUUGAUAUACUUUGUCUUUGCUCUCUUUAUUCUGAUAAGUAGCGUUGUUGUCAUUUCGGUGAUUCAAACGAUCAGCUUCUUCAAGUUCUACGUUAGUCGAGCGAUUUCUCAAACAAACUCGGUGAGCUCCUCCGACGAAUCGUUCAAUGUCAAAGUUCGGACAUACUUGUUGGUCCGGAAAACCUGGCGCUUCUCUGUGGCUCUCAUGCUUAUCUAUAUCGCGACCUUCGGGGUGUUCCCGGGCGUUCUUGUUCACGUUGAGCCCUUGGACACUGAUGAUGCUAUUUGGGGGAAUCUUUUCUCACCCGUUUCUUGCUUUCUUGUUUUCAAUAGCGGUGAUUUCUGUGGCCGACUUCUCUGCUCGCGUUUCGGAUUCCCAGCGGAACGCGAGUCACUAUUUCUUGGAAUAUCAUUUAUCCGUCUAUUGCUGACGCCUCUCUUGUUGCUAUGUAACAUAGUUCCUCGCGUUCCGUACUUACCAAUACUUUUUCGGGCAGAUUUCUCCUUCGUCGUCUUGAAUGCUCUAUUCGCCCUGUCGAACGGCUACCUGACAUCGGUGGCAAUGAUGUACGCUCCGAAAAGAGUGGAUUUCUUCUUACGCGAGCGAGUGGGGACAAUUAUGGUCUUCGCUCUCGUCAGCGGAAUGAGUUUGGGAAGCAUUCUGUCCCUGGUGAUCAUAAAGCUAUUCUUCCCCGUAAGCACAUAGAGGAUCGUACGGGAUCUUCCCUCGAAUCGUCUGUUAUUAGGUUAUUAUUCCUCCCGCCCAGGAAACGCGGAGAGACAAUCAUGCCUUCUCCGCAAGCCUGGUACCUUCGAUUACCCAGUCUGAGAAGGCACGCGCACAAUCCGGCGACUCCUCGCGGCUGAUCGGAAGUGCUAACCAUAUGUGAAUUUCCUGCCUCAGCGGAUGUGGCAUGAUUGUCCCGUUGGAAUGAAAUAAUAAUUUCGGAUUUGUCCCACGAGGACCUUGA